AUGGCUUCCUCCGAAGUUGACCAGAAGUUCCUCGGAAAAUGGGCGAAAACCGUCGAAACCGAUAACCCACUCUUGUCAUCGAUGCUUUACAAGAUCCUUGGACUCUCACUAAGCCUUGCAGAGCAACUUGUCACAGCGAAGAAACAGCGCAGACCCGAUGCUGCCCGCGCGCCCCAGUCUCUCGACCUCAUUUUUCACAUCAUCUGGCUUUCAAGAGAGGGCCUAGUGAUGCUGCAGCAAUAUGUGAUUCCUAUGGUGGGAAACCAUACAGAACUCCGGGUAUUGGCGUACAAGCUACGAGCAUCGUUCUACCACAUUUUCGUCCUGUUUCACAACAAACCUGCAGUGUCCACUAUGGGCAUCGCAACUCCAGACACAAUGGCCGGAUUGACCCCACCAAGGACGGACAAGGGCAAAGGAAUCGCAAGGGAGGAUUGGAACUCAUCGCAGGGCUCAAUACAGCCCACACAUGCCCUCGAGGGCGGUCCAGUGAACCCUCCGCCGGGUUUCGCUCCUCGAAGCGGCUCCGACCAACCCGCCGCCUUCCUCGAGCCGCCGAGAGAUUACCUCCCCGAAGCGCACAAGUACUUCAAGGAGGCGAUUGCUCUGGCUGACCAACACCUCUGGGGGUCGCAUUCAUUACGACUCUCCGUCAAGACCGAAUACGCCGCGUUCCUUUACGAGUGUGUGCACGACGCUGACGGGAGCCGAAAACUGGCCAAGGAUGCCAUAUCCGAGGUCUAUGAAGCGACCGAGGGCAUGGACGAUGACAUGUUUUCCGAUGCUUGUGAGCUGGUUACUGUCCUGGGCAAGAUGAUGAAGCGGGGGCUCGGGUCAAGCAAUAACACUUUGACUAGAGGAACAAGUCCUAGUCCAGCUGCACCUCCAGGAACGACAAUGGCCCCCGGCAUGGAGAACCCUAUCUAA